AUUUAUGAUGGUAAGGAGGCCAUUCACUUAAAACUGUUUAGUCACAUCUUUUGAAUAGCUAAUCCAUAAAUAUACUAUUUGUAUUUCAUCUGCAGUUUAAAAGUCGGUAAAUUGUAUUAAAACUUCCUUGUUGUAAUGUAAGUUAUGGGUGUUUAUAUUUCUAGCAUGAAUGUAUUAUUAAAGUAUUAAUCAAAAUGAAAAGAAAUAGUUUAAGUGUAAUAUUAGUUUUAUAUCUUUUGUCAGGAGUUUUAACCGGCGGGAAAUCAGGUAAUAGUUGAAUACAUUGUUGCUUAUAUUAUGCCAUGGUGACAAGAGUUUUUGUGAAGGACAACACGCCAACAAUCAAAGGAAGUGAUAUACAAAUUAUAUGUGAGAUUUCACAGUUUACUAGCGGCGACGUUGUAAGGCUUCAUAAAACAGACUCCGUUCCUCCUACAGACCUUUCAACUAUUUCAACAUAUACAACUUGUAUUCCAACUCGGUGUUACGGGAAUAUACAAAGACAUACAUUCAGCCCAAACAGUAGUGGUCUUACUAUUACAGUCACUAACCUGAAUAGAACAGAAGACCAGAAGUGGUGGACCUGUGCAAUCAAUAACCAAAGAAAAUACUUGAAAGUUACUGUGUACACCAUCUCACAGAUGCUACAGUUUGAUAAUCCCCCAGCCCAGGAUCAAGAUCUCAUUUAUAAUUCGGUGAUAUUGAAAUGCAGUACUGGAUGUGCUUACCCCGCGCCUUCCUUUACAUGGUAUAUGUCCGAGUUUGGUGAAUCACGCCAUACAUGGCCGACAUCACGAGCUAUUCAGGAAACUUCUGGACAAUGUACAGACUCUGAAGCCGUGUACACAUCAACAUUAUUACUACAAAGAUACACGGUUGGUAACGAGAACACAGAUAAAACCGUCAGGUUUCAAUGUGGAAUAGUGUCUGGAAAUGAUUCAACCAGUGAACUACUUUCACAACCUUCCGUGAAUAUUAGAUUUGCUGUUAAAGUGACAAGUGUGUCUUUGGUAAGUGGAAAUACCUCGUUAGUGGGUACAAUCAAUGUCACAGUUGGUAUAUUGAGCAAUAUGACAUGUACACCUAGUGAAAGUAGACCUACGCCAACAGUUAUAUGGUAUAGUGGACAAGAAGAAAAAGAAAGAGUAUUAAAUUCUUCAAACUCAAACUUUGCACUAAUUCCCAAAAUUGAAGAUAAUGGAAAAGAUGUUUAUUGCAAGGCCUUCAACAUUCAGCCAGAAAAUGAAGCUGUGUCUUCAAACAGAGUUUUACUAAAUGUAAAAGAACGAGCCACUGUGAAGUCAUUGUAUGUUGACGGGCAUAUAGGAAAAACUAAUGUUACAGUUGAUGAAAAUGAUGUCGAUUUGCAACUGAUAUGUAUCAUUAGUGGAAACCCUGCAUCUAGUGUGAAAAUGAAGUUCGAAGGAAAACUUUUAAUUCAGGACACGAACACAAACAAUCUUAAUUUUCUUCGUACGAGUGUGGCUUGCAUGCAUGGUGGUGUAUAUACUUGUGAGGGACAAGAUAUACUUGGGGUUAUAACAAAACGGACUGUUAUUUUGUUUGUCAAAUGUUCUCCAAGGUCUGUACGAUUCACCAAAUCAAAUGUGACAAGUGCAAUAGGCGCUUUUGCUACACUAACGUUUUCUUCUAUAGCAUAUCCAACACCUGGAUCUAAAGGAUUUAAAUGGUACAAAGAGACCUUCAAUGAAUGGAUACCCUUACUCAGUAAUGAAGAUCUACAGAUAUCAUCAGCAAAAUUACAAACAAAUCUUACAAUAUUUAAUAUAACACGGGAAAACUUCGGGAAAUAUCGACUGACAGUUACGAACAACAUCGGCACAUAUAAUCAGUACUACUUUCUCGGUCAAAAAGAUAACACCAAAGUUGAUGUCGGAGUCAAUGAUGACUUACCGCAUGAAGUCGAUGCCGAAUGUAACACUUUUGUGAUAGUCACGAUCAUACUGGCGGUGGUUAUUGUCGUUGGUAUUGUUUUUGCAGUUCUUAUCGCAUGUUGGUUGAAACGUAAAACUACGAGGAAAGAUACCAAAAUAUCCCAUUCAUCAUCACCUAAAAGUAACAUCGAAAGCUUUGACAAUACAUCGAAUGAACAUGAAAUACAAGAAUCUACUCCGGGUGUGUACGAGAAUCCAUCACAACAGUACACUGAGUUGACACCAUUUCCAAGAGACAACAUGUCGACUUAUGACAUUAUACAAAGUGCUUAAUCUUGUUCUAAGAAUUAUACUAUCUUUGAUAUGUUGCGGUUCAGAUCGAAAUACCGUAUAUUCCGAUUAGAACAGCAAACAUACGUUAAAUAUAUGUUCUUGCAUGUUCUACCAUAGUCCAUCAAAUUUUAAAUGCUUUUUCUUAAUUAAACUAUUUUCCAUGAAAAGAUUUUUGUUUGUACCUU